AUGUCUAUGCCUGGGAAAGACAACGAUGAAAUGGUGUCCACAAAACAUGAGGAUUCUGCUCUGCUAAAUUCUGGCCUGGCUAGUUCUGCUGGUGCAUCUUUGCUUGUUCUUACGCAAAUUUUCACCAAAUUAGCCACGUUUUCUCUCAACCAAUUGCUCGUUCAGUACGUGACACCAACAGUUUUGGGCACAGCUAGCUACUGGGAAUUUGUGGUUCAAACCAUCUUGUUUUUCAGUAGAGAGGCAGAGCGUUUAGCGGUGCAACGAGCCGACAGCGAUGUGGCUGCAAAUUGUGCAGAAAAUGCACCACAUGCAUCAAAUCAUGAAGACGACGCAGCAGAUGAUGCAGCAGACGAUGCAGCUACCUCUCAAAAAUCGUCUCUGCAAAAAGUGGUCAACUUUGGCCACUUGCCAUUGUUUGUUGGUAUUCCAAUGACAGUGUUCAUGCUAGUAUGGUCGCUCCGUACUCAAAAUGCACCAAUUCCAGUUUUGGCGUCGUUUCUGGUAAUUAUGGAGCUCAUGGCUGAGCCCAUGUAUGCACUCAAUCAGUUCCAGCUUGGAUUUUCAAAGCGGUCUCGAAUUGAAUCUUUAGCGGUAAUUGGUCGCUGCUUAACGACGUUUAUUGGUGUGGUUCUUGCUGCAAGAACGAAAAAUGAUGUGCAUGCUGCUACUGCCUAUGUCGCAGGUCAGCUGGUAUACGCUGCUGUGGUGUACAUAAUGUACCGGAAUUCAAGCUACAAGAUAAGACCAAUUAGCAACGCGGGUCUGGUUUGGAAACGAUACUUUUCACCUCAACUUUUAUCAGUUUGGAGAGGUCUUUUUAUUCAAAUGAUAUUCAAGCAUUUGCUAACCGAGGGAGAUCGACUUUUGAUAAGCUGGCUCUGCUCUGCGGAAGAACAAGGAGUUUAUGCUCUUGUGACAAAUUAUGGUUCUAUCUUGGCUCGGGUUCUUUUUCAGCCGGUAGAAGAGUCGCUUAGGUUGGUACUAUCCAAAGAACUUUCGACUUCAAGUUCUAGAACUCAAACUCAAAUGGCCGCGAAAAAUAUGGGAUACAUUCUUUUGAUGUAUUUUCACUUGAGUGUGGUUAUGGUGCUCGGAGGAUACAAUAACGGUGCCUACCUACUUCAAUUUGCACUUGGAAGAAGUAAAGCGUUGAUAUGGAAAGAAACCAAUGUGUUUCAAAUUUUUUCCACAGUAUAUCCUAUACCUUCCCUUCCUUGCUUUCAAUGGUGUAAUUGA